AUGCUCAUAGGAACAAUACAGAUAAGAUACCCGCGCGAGCUGGCAGACUCAAUCAUCCGCAUGGUGCCGCUGGAUGAGAUACGGAUAUUGCUCGCCUGUGGAGCCAAGGUAAACGAGCCGGUAACUCAGGGCUUGCGGCCACUGCAUUACGCCAUCUGGCAGCGCCACCUGGAGGCAACCCGGUUGCUGCUGGUGCGCGGCGGCGACGUCAAUGCCCGAGAUGACUGUGGCUACAGCGCGUUGCAUCUCGCCGCGGAGCACGGAUACACGGAACUGGUCCGGCUGUUGCUGCAGAGUGGCGCAGCAGUGGACUACCGCGUGGACAGCGGCGAGCAGUUCCCGCGCACCACUCUUUGCGACGAGCCCUUACGACUCGCUAUCAGGAACAAACACUAUGAGGUGGCCCGCCUACUUCUGGAACACGGUGCGGAUCCGAAUAAGCGGUACUUCUUUGGCGCUGAGAUCAACUUGGUGUCAGACCCGGAGUACCUCGAGCUGCUGCUCUCGUUCGGAGCCAACCCGGACUCCCGCGAUCGCGCCGGUCUCACACCGCUUAUGAAGGCUGCUAGACAGAAACGGGGUAUAGAAGCGGUACUGCUACUGAUCAGUCACGGCGCUGACGUCAACGCGAUGGCCGACGCCAGAAAUGACUAUAGAACCGUCAUGCAUUAUGCCGUCCUAAGUGGCAACCCCGACAUGGUGAAUCUGUUGAUCAAGCAAGGCGGGCGCGUCAACUACGAAGGCGUGGAGCUGAACAAACCGAGCGCGCUCGACCUCGCCAUACUAAAAGGAGAUGUUGCCAUGGUGCAGAUGCUUAUGUCUGCCGGAGCGCAUGUGAAUGCGUCCAGCUCAGUGAUUGGGUCCCCAUUACAUGUUGCUUGCUCAGACAAUAUUGACAACAGGAAAGAAAUUGUUAAAUUGCUGCUAGAGAGCGGUGCGGAUCCUAACCUCAAAGUACUGAACGAGGAGGAUGGCGCGCAACUGCGGCCUGCGCUAGCUGAGUAUCUGGCCAGCAAUGUGGAGCCCAGUGCUACCAUCGUCUCAUUGCUGCUGCGCUAUGGUGCCCGCGUUAUAAUGAAAACGCAGUUUCGUGAUCCCGAUGGCAUUCUCAAUCACUUACAGAAUAUAACCUCUGAGCAGUACGAGCACAUAUUCUAUCUACUUCUAGAAGCAGCGGAAUCCUUUGAUCUCUGCAUGAUAAAGAGGAACUCCACUCUUACUGCUGAACAAAAACAAACCUUAAUCGAACGAGCUAAGAACCCUAUUUCCUUGUUAGCUCAAACAAGAAUAUACCUACGUAAAUAUUUCGGUACUGAUUUGGUGGAUAUUGUGAAGACUUUGGAAAUACCAGCCAUUCUCCACCAAUACCUGCUAUUUGAAUGUCGUUAAAAAGAUUUUAUUAUUAAUUUGGACUUAAUUUUUUAUUGGCUAAAGAUUUACUUUAGUCAAUUUUUUAAUCUGGCAGCAUUGGUUGCCAGAUUGGGAGAUAACUCCACGAUUUUUGGGAGAAUCUCAUUCAAUUCGAAAUAAUUGACGUAUUGCGACAAAGCUCGAUAGGAGUAAAUUGAUUUUAGUAUCGAUUUUAUUGAUUAAUGUAAGCCUUUAUUUUUGUUAUGUAAGACUAUUUAAACAAUUAUUGUAAUGAAAAUAUACGACAUAAUAUAGACGCACUCUAUAUUGGAAGAUAUUAUUUUAUGCGCAGUAUUUUUUUAUUUGAAAAUUUUUAACUGGAUUUGCAACUUAAUUAACGAAAUUAAUUAAAAAUCAUAUUAGCGAUUUCAAAUUAAAUAUUUUAUUGUUUAUCUAUAAUAAUUUGUCAGUUAAAUGAAAUCGAAUAUGAAUUUUUAUCCAGUUAAAUUAAAAAUGUUUUGUUUGGUACUACUGCACCGACGGCGGGGCAGCAGCGCGGGGGACACUAUUACAGACCCCACCCGCCGCUCCGCGCGCUCUUCACUCUGCAUCUACCAGUUGCGCCACGCCAUUCCGCCCGACGACAUACAUGUCAAAUCAUAUUUGUUUUUAUAAUUCUUUGCAUUACAAUCAUCAGCAACAACCAGCUCUUCAUUACAUCAUCAUACAGUCCACUCGCUCAACAUGUUUUUAAGCUGUAUUUUGAAAAACAUUUUUUUAAUAAUCAUUAAAUGUGGUGUCAUAAACAAUAUUAGAUUUUGUAACAUUAAAAUAAAUAUCCAAGAUAAUUACAAUUUGCAUAGUUUAAGCUUUUAGUAGUCUGAUUGCAUACUUAUUAUGUGAUAUAUUGUGAUACAUUUUAGCAUUAAGACUUACUUAUGAC